UCCAUGCUGAUCCUGCAGGUCCCUGUGGUCCCCUGGAUAGCAGUUCUGAUGGUGUUACUAAUGGUGCAGAGCAACCCUGUGGUCCAGGGCAGAACCACUCCAGAGAACUUCCUGUGCCGUGGACGACACGAAUGCCACGCUGUUAAUGGGACACAGCACUAUGUGAUAAGAUUCAUCUAUAACCUGGAGGAGUUCGUGCAUUACGACAGUGACGUGGGGGAGUUCCACGCCGUGACCGAGCUAGGGCGGCCCACAGCCAAGUACUGGAACAGCCUGAAGGAUGAGCUGGAGCUGAGGAGAGCUGAGGUGGACAGGUUGUGCAGACACAACUAUGAAAUUAAUGAGGGGGUCACCCUGAAUCGCAGAGUCCAGCCUAAGGUACAUGUGUCGCCCUCCAAGAAGGUGGUCCUUCAGCACCGCAACCUGUUGAUGUGCCACGUGACAGAUUUCUACCCAGGCAACAUCCAAGUCCUCUGGUUCCGGAACAACCAGGAGGAAACAGCUGGGAUCGUGUCCACCGACCUGAUCCGCAACGGAGACUGGACCUUCCAGAUCCUGGUGACACUGGAAAUGACCCCUCAGCGGGGAGACGUCUACACCUGCCACGUGGAGCACCCCAGCCUGGACAGACCCGUCACCGUGGAGUGGAGGGCCCAGUCCAACUCUGCCCGGAACAAGACACUGACUGGAGUUGGGGGCCUGGUGCUGGGGUUCAUCUUCCUGGCAGUGGGCCUCGUCAUGCACGUGAGGGGCAAGAAAG